AUGUCGUCGUCAACACUGUUGAAUUCCUCGAUAGUUGUUAACAGUAGUACAUCAUCUAGCGAUACAGCAAAUGAUUACGAUUACGAAGGUGCGGCGAUUUAUAUUGCCGCUAUUCUAAUUUGGUACUCAGCAGGUUUAGUUUUAAUGCUCUUUUUUCGCGUACGUCCACGAACGUUCGAAAGUCGAUUUCUAUUCGAUUAUGAAACAUCUGGUAAAUCCGCAUCGUCGAAUGCGAACCCAUUUGCGCGCUAUCACGAUAUUCAAGCUGAUAACCUGAAGAAACAAAUUCUUUACGAAUUAAAAGAUCCAGAAAAUCGACAGCGCCUUUGGAAAAUCUACUACGCAUCAGCGGAAAAGCAAAAUGAACCACAUGCACAGUACUAUCAAACCAUCACAGCUGAUUCGGUUACCAUUGGACAUAUCAAUAGGAAAUUAGCAGAUAUUCAUCGUAUGAAUGCCCGUAAAGAUAUGGGCAAUGACGAUGACGUACUUCCAACGACAGUCCUUCAUGCUUCGCACGAUAAUCGGUUUGAUACAUCGAAAUUUUUCUCGAAAAGAUUUACUUCACGUCGAUCAAGUUUUGGAUCAUUACAUAAUCGGCGACCUAUUUUUCGAGUCAGCUCUCAACCGCAAACACCUAUCACAACGACAGCUGCACAAGGAGAAGCACCUACGGUUGAGAAAACGUCGACGCCUCUCGCCACAAAUGGAUCACAUAAACGAUCGAAUAACCAUUCAAUUAGAUUCACUGUUGAAAAAGUACCGGAAACGAAUAGAAAAUGUUCGGCAGUCGCCGAAAAUAUUUCCUAA